GCAAUGAGCCCCUGAAGAAAGAGCGGCUCAAGUGGAAGAGCGACUACCCCAUGACUGACGGGCAGCUGCGGAGCAAACGGGAUGAGUUCUGGGACACAGCGCCUGCCUUUGAGGGCCGCAAGGAGAUCUGGGAUGCCCUCAAGGCCGCCGCCUAUGCUGCUGAAGCCAACGACCACGAGCUGGCCCAGGCCAUCCUGGAUGGAGCCAGCAUCACCCUGCCUCAUGGCACCCUCUGUGAAUGCUACGAUGAGCUGGGCAAUCGCUACCAGCUGCCCAUCUACUGCCUGUCACCGCCCGUGAACCUGCUCCUGGAGCACAUGGAGGAGGAGAGCCUGGAGCCCCCCGAGCCCCCACCCAGCGUGCGCCGUGAGUUCCCGCUGAAGGUGCGCCUGUCCACAGGCAAGGACGUGAGGCUCAGCGCCAGCCUGCCCGACACGGUGGGGCAGCUCAAGAGGCAGCUGCAUGCCCAGGAGGGCAUCGAGCCAUCGUGGCAGCGGUGGUUCUUCUCCGGGAAGCUGCUCACAGACCGCACACGGCUCCAGGAGACCAAGAUCCAGAAAGAUUUUGUCAUCCAGGUCAUCAUCAACCAGCCCCCACCACCCCAGGACUGAUGGGCCCACAGACCCCUGGGAAGAGGCCCCGCCUGGAGCACUAGGCCUCUGCCCUGCUGCUGCCUUCCAGUACUGUCAUUUUCUGCAGGGGCCCUCCCCUCAGUUUGGCUGAUGGGCAAGCUGUGAAGGGACCCUGCCUUUCAGGGCACUACGUGCCACCAGUUCCCGGUACCCAGGGAGCAGGCGGCCACACACAGGCCUUGCAACCUUGUCAGAGAAAAGGCGAACGGGGCCCUCACCCUGCCUCUCUCCCGCAGCAGGUUCGAGCCACAAGGGCCAGCCAGGAGGCCCCUGGAGCCCAGAUCUGUCAUCUGGUGCUGCCAGCUGUGCUCACUCCGGUUUUCUGCUCAGGGUCUGAAGCAGCUGCUGUCUCCCUCCUCUGCCCCCAUCCCCUGGCUCUCCCCUGGGCACAGUGCCACUCUCUUGGAAGGGAGGGAACCACCCGUGAGCCCCAGGGCUCGGGAAGCCUGAGGCGGGCCUCUGCCUCUCUCUGCCCCCAGCACAAUUGGCAGAGAUGAGGCGGGUGGUGGACGGCUGGGCUGUCGUGGCAGGGUCUGCACAGGGCCAUGUUCUGGCUAUAACCCAGGCAGUGGGAGGUCUGCAGCCUCGUCGUGGCCCCCACAGCAGGUCCCUGUGGACAGACAUAUCUGCAUAUUUAUCAAUAAAGCCUUUUGCUCCUUCUC